ACUAAUGCCGAGGACAAUGAUUUCAUUAGUGAUUAUUUUGCAUUUAAAAAUGUUAAGAAUAUUGUUGGAUUUUCGUGCGGUGAUGUUACGAGUAAUUUUAAUCUUUUGAGAAAGCUGAAUCAUUUAGGAACCUUCACGAUCAUAAAAGAUUUCUAUUCAAAUCCAGACAUACGUUUGAUUUUAAACAGCGAUCAUUGGGCACUAGGUGUUUUCGUAGAUCUACGUUGUCGUAAUGAAAGUCUUGAAUAUAUUUUUUCUGAUAGUUCGGAACAUCGCAUGUACAGCUAUUUAUACAGUUGGUUGAUAUUAGGAUCAAAUCUGAAUCAAAGCAUAUCGAUUUUGAACGAUACAGCUUACAGCAUGGCCACUGACGUAGUUGUUGCUAUACCUAAUCAAAAUGGUUAUGAAAUGUAUGAUGUAUUUAAUCAUUGCAAAUAUCGGGGUGGUUCACUAAACGUCAUUAAAUAUGGCACCUGGAAUCCUCAUGGAAAUUUGAAUAUUUAUUUAAAGGAACCAAAAUUGAUCAGAAGAGGAAAUUUGAAUGGUUUAAGAUUAAAAAUAGCUGGUGUAAUUCAAUACAGGCCUAAAAAUAUGCGAUUGGUUGAUUACAUGAAAGAUAUCAAUACUAGAUCCUUAGAAAGUAUGCACAAAUUUGUAUACGCUAUGAUAUCACACACUGGUGAUCUUUUUAAUUUUACCAUACAUGCAGGAGAAAUAUAUUAUUGGGAUAGAAAUAGUAUACACGGACGAAUGUUUGAACUUCUAAAAGACAAUUAUAUCGAUAUUGCCAGCAAUCCGAGAGUUAUGGUGUCCGAAAGAUUAGAAUUUGCUAGUCUGAUCGGCGCAGCUUGGCCAGUUCGACCCUGCUUUAUGUUACUCUCAACUCCAACGAAAAAAAUUAAAUUGGAUUUGUUCCUAAAACCUUUUACAACAGGUAUUUGGGAUGCUUAUGCACUUUUCAUGAUCAUUUCUAUGAUCAUCGUCGGAUUAAUAUUGAAACGUGAAAAUGUGAAAAGCGAAAAAGGUUUUGGAGCUGUAGUGCUAACUAUUGGUAUCAUGGGUCAACAAGGAGCAUAUUUAUUUCCAAGAAGUUUGGUCGGUCGUAUGGCCGUGGUACAAAUACUCCUUUUCAGCUGGAUGAUGUACAAUUAUUAUUCCUGUAGUAUUGUUUCGGCUCGUUUGAGUGAACCGUUUGAUAAAAUAGAAGAUUCUGUUGCUGUACUUGCCGAUACGCAUAUGCGUAUUGCUGCUGAAGCUGUACCAUAUUUGAAUUAUCUAUUAAAAAAAUGGAAUUGGGAAUCAGAUUAUUUCAGGAAAAAACGUUGGGAUCCUUUGCCACAAUCAAAAAGAUAUUUGCCUAUAGAAGAAGGUAUCAGACAAGUUGGGCAAGGUAUUCUUGCUUAUCACACAGAUCCCAACACUGCUUAUCCCUACAUCGAAAAGAUGUUUGAUUCCAGUCAGAUAUGUCAACUUACGGAAAUUCAUCUCUUCAAGGAAUCAGUCAUGGGAAUGUAUUCUAGUCACAAUGCUCAAUUUUUGGAAAUAGCGAGAGUAGGUCUAAUCAAAAUGCAAAGCAGUGGUUUAAGAAGUCGGCAAAUUAAGUAUUGGUCCUCAAAAAAGCCUCAGUGUCAACAAGAUGCUUUGUCUACGCGAAGUAUUACUAUUUACGAAACAGCACCAGCCUUUAUUUUACUGUCAUUAGGUGUUUUAAUUUCAAGUGGUAUUUGCUUGAUAGAAAAUAUUUAUUUUUAUCGAUUCAUACAAAAAUUUACAUCGGAAAGAGACAAUUCUAGCUUAUCGAAGCAAAGUAGUAAUAAAACAGAUAGCAAUAAUGGACUUCAAUUACUGAGUAUUUGA